AUGAACUGUGCGAGGAGAGUUCUGCCAUGGAUGCUGCGUGGAGCAGGCUGCUUCCCUCUGCCCUUGACCGCCUCUGCUUCACUUCAGCAUUCCUUGCCGUCCACCUAUUCGCUGCCAAGGCGCAGCAAAGUUCGUGCGAAGGAGAGAGAAGCUUCUGAGUCCUCCUUCCGCGUGACUGUGCAGGCACUCGGGAGAUUCUGUGGGCGUAAGGGAUGGCGGUUGAAGAGGAUCACCGCGAGAACAGGGGCUUUGAUCGUCUUCCAGCAAGUGCAAGAGGACAACGGCAAUGAUUGGCAGGGGCACGUGUUGGACGUGACGAUCAAAGCUGAAUCCCUCGAUUCGGUGCAUGAAGCGCAGCAGCUCUUCCAACAAGAGGUGAUCCUUGACUCAAUACGAGACACCAUCCUGGCCAAGCUCAAAUCCUUCAAACCUGCACAGAUAGAGACUCUGUCGGAGAUUCUCCGCCGCGAGUGCUUCCUUCACCAGAGUCCGCUGAUCGAGUCGGACUACAACACGGCGAUGAACAUGAUGGUGGCGAUGAAGAUGUUCGACUCAGCUCGGCUCUGGCUGGAGUACAUACUUUACCAUGAGAGAGACGUGCUCAUGGAUGGGCUGCCUUUCAAGACCCUCAUCAAUUGCGCCGUCAAGUCCGGUCGGCUCGAGCCGCUGCUCCAGUAUCAGGCGGUGAUGGAGAAGCACAAUACCCUGCCUGCAGAAGUUGCCGAAAUGCUUGAGAAUACAAUCCCCAAUUCGAGGUUUGACAUGCUCAUGGAGCUGUAUGCCUUCAAGGCAAAGCAUGGUCUUGACUGCACGUCGUUGAAGCUAAAGAUUCUCAACUCCAAGGUCAUACUCGUCACUCCUCACCGCGACUACUUUAUGCGCCGGGAUGUCUUGGAGCUCAUCCUCGCUACAGCCAUCUCGGCAGGCUAUGCUCGCGCGAUCCUGCCGGUCUGGGAGAUCUACCUCUCCGUGAUAGCCGGGACCAAGACGGAGUCAAGCCCUCCCUCGGUGGAGGGGCAGGGCGAAGGGGAGGCAGAAGAGAUCACGGCCAUGUGGGAGCAGUAUGGAGCCUACGGGUUCAAGCCCUCGCACUCCUGUCGGGAAGUCUACUUCAUCUCCCUCAUGAGCGCAGGGAACGCGCAACACGCGCUUCUCUUUGUCUCGGAGAUGGAUCGACAACUCCUCCUCCCCUCCUUUGACGCCAUCCGCAAGGCCUCCAUCAACGCCUUUCGCCUGAAAGCCGCCGAAACGUUCAUGCUGUCAAACCCGUGUAGCGUGCUUCAAGACAUUGAGGCGAGUGAGGACGCAGCGCUUGCCUUGCGGACGCCCUGCUCCAUCGCGACCUGGAUGCUCUCAGCAGGGCGGAGGGACUUCAACCACACACUGAUGAUGUUCUCUACCUUCUACCCUCUCUUCUUGGAGAAGUACCGCAAGAACCUCUACGAGCCCCUCUUGAUGCAACGCCUAGUUUACCUUAACAACGCCCUCCUCGAGAUGGCCAUGCUGCAUUCGCAGUUUGCGACUGCGGACCAAGUAUUCAAGGCUAUGAAGGAGGACGGUGUUGUACCUGACGCAGAUACGCUGGCAAGCAUGGCGCUGAUCCUGAUCAAGCAGAACGACUUGGAGGGAGCGGAAGGCAUGCUGUCGCAGUGGAAGGUAAAGAGCUUGGCGCAAGGGCUCUCCGUCCCAAUCUUACCGAGCAGCUAG